CUUGUUAUGGUCUAUUUUCACGCAAAAGCCGACUGCAAUUUGCAGCCGUAUGUCAGUCAAUAUUUAUAAACUUGCUGUGAUCAGCUACCGUACUACAAGAAAAUAUGAAAAUAAAUAACUCUGAAUUGGUCACUACUAGUUAGACAACCAACAGUACCCUUGAUAACACAGCAUAAUUAUCAAACAGUAUUUUGGGUGGCAUAGUCACUAUCACAAGGGUCUGUCAUUGACACCGACGCGAAAGGUUUUACUUUUUGGUUGGAGGUCAGGAAGUCAAGUUCACGUGCCAAUGUGAGGAAAAUUAGGGGUUUUCCUUUGAACGUUUGGAAGGAAUAGCGUGAGGGGUCGGAUAGUUGUGGAAUUGAUGUCUGGUGGGUUUUGGUUUUGUUUGUCAAUCGGCCGAUGUAACGGACUUUUGCUGAGCGGAAGCAAGGGUUAGAAGCGUGUUUUCUAUGCCGGUGUGCUAGGGAAAUUUUAUAUUUUCCCGGAUAAUCACAGCCCUCUUUGAGGGUGCAAGUGUGAGGUCCUAGGUAUACCUACCCAAAUAUAUUAGUCUUCGCAUGGCAUAGGGUUCUGCCUAAGGUGAAGUCACAAUGAUUAAAUACCAAGCUUAACGACUGAAGUUUGGCUAUGUAAGUAAGGGAAAGCAGAAAUCGAAAGGUAGGAGGAUUUUUCCUUUUUUUUCUUUGGAGUAUUGGAUUUUCAACGCAGAAAAUUCUACACAGUGGUUAUGUUAAUAUCGUGCGGCUAAGUGGACUGAAACAUUAUCACUUUUCGUUUAAUUUAAGGUUGUUCAUACUUUAAUAACAUUUUCUAUUUUGUUUUUCCUUUUCUUUUUUUAUAUAUAUACAGUAUAAUAUCAAUGUGAGCCUAUAUAGAUCUAUAAGGAGUUUAAUACCGUAACAUGUAUGAAUACAACCUUGGUUACAUUUAAAUAUUUAAUAAUAUUAACUUAAAUAAUUAUGUAUUAUAAAAUGUUUUUUUUUUAUGAGAUUAGGAUUUCUUUUAACUUCUGAUAUUUACCUAUUUAUCGGUUAGAAGUAAGUAAUUUUACGUAGUGGUAUCUGGGGAAAACCGAUUGGCGCAACCGGGUUAACACUAUAAAAGAUAUUUAGGCAUUAAGUACUUAGGUACGACUCACGAUAUCGCCUUCUUCUGAGCUAAGCCGGAAUACCACUGUUAAGGUCACCGUUCUUAGAGUCCUAUGAUCAAAACUCAAUUUUCAAUUUUUUUUUUUAUAUUUUUUUUAUUUAACCAGCGCAGCGGUAGCAAAGACCGUAACAAGUGGCGCCCAAACGUGAUUUUUUAUACAGUGUGCACCAUAACUUAUGCAUAGAAUUUACCAAAAUAAUUUAAUUUUAUUCAUAUUUCAUUUAUUCAUUUAGUAUGUACCAUUAAUAUAUUCUAAAUAAUCCAGUAUUAUUUAUCACUAUUUACAUAUCACAGUGAUAUUAUCAUAUUUAUAUUGUAUCGAGUCUUAAUUUAAGAGUCUACACACUUAAAUUAGUUGUUGUGGUGUCAAAAUAUUAGUUAGUAAGAAUUCUUUAGUACGGUAUUGUGCUUUAUACAUUUCCACUUAGAAUUUGAUUGAUUUUGCUUGAUAAUCCAAUUUUGACUUAAGUAACGACUUAUAUGGGUAAUUAUUUUAAAUUUCCCUACAGUUUCCUACAGUAAAAACAGUUUUAUGGGUUUACUAAUUUUGCUUUUACUGCUGGUCCUUUAUAUUUUUUUGAAGGGGGUGAGGAAAUAUAAAUAAAUUUUCUUCUUCUUUUUUUUUUAUUAUUUUUUUAUUGUUGUAAAGUAAUUUGUGGCUCGGACUGUUUACCCAAAAUGGAUAUUUAUAGGUUACGUAGCGACGAGUUAACUUAUGAACUCACAAGUAGAGGCUAUGACAUUGGAGACGGUAAGGUAGAGACUAAGCGCAAUUUACUACGGAGUGCUAUAAAAGCAGAGAUUUUAGGAAGAAUUAAACCCAGAACGGUGGAAUUCGAUCCCGUAUCGGAAUUAGGUAUUUGUUCCGGUAAAAUUCAGGAAAUAGUAGGGGACUUAGAACAAUUCGAUAUUAAUAACGUUAGAUCUGAAUAUGCUAGGAUUAACACCAGGUUACUUCAUGUUAGUAGAAGAGUGGAAAAUAUUUGUGCUCCUUUAGAGCUUAGAGAUGAGAAACGGAACAUGAUGGAUUUAAUGAAGGACUUAGUAGUUAAUUUAGAGACACUAGUUACAGGUGGUACAUUAGAAGCUGUCGGUCAAGAUGACCCUACGUCAUCUUCCAGCUUAUUGGAUGCGAGUACAGACGAAUUGGCAGACCUUUUACAUAGAUCAUCGGCGAUAGGAGAAACAGUAUAUGGUACAGAAACGAAUAAUCCUAAUAAGUUAGCUUUAAAUUAUACCCAAAAUUGUAAUACGACUCCUUCAGCGACUUGGUCAGGAAAUUGGAUGCCCAAACGAACAUUACAGGAAUUUGACCCUCUUUUUAAAAAUAUUUCGUCUAGUUCAAAACCUAGUUUAAAAACUAAUACAAAUAAUACUACUACAAGUUCAGCUCAGCAGGUUCCUACUAUUAAUAACGUUGUUGUUACAAGUAAUGAUUACGGUCACAAUGCUGAUAAUGACUUUUUUAGACCUAGUGUUAAUAUUCCUGGUCCGAUAAUUAAUCCUUCGUUGGAUAGUAACAAUGUUUCUACAAUGCCAGCUUUUAAUAGAUUUACUAAUAGGACUAUACCUAGUACUAAUCAUAUUCUUGAAUCAAAUAAUAAUCAGUAUCUUGGUACAAAUAAUAUUCCUGGAAAUUUUGGGAAUACUCCCAUUUCUUCAAACAUUAUUCCAAAUAAUACAAACCAUGUUACUUUUGCGGAGGAUAUCGCUCAAUCGUUAAGAACAAGCUACGCGGAGGUACCUAACAUGCAUAGGACAAAUCCGGAUUAUAAUUUUCCCAAUAAUAAUUUAGUAAGUCAAUAUUCCGGUAGUAGCGGUAACAAUUUUUAUCCUACACCUUCUGGUAACGUUCCUUCAGAUUUAAAUAAUUUUUCAGGCUUUGUUUCUCAACUAAAUAAUAAUUAUAAUAAUUUAGGGGGUAAUACGACUCAGCCGAAAAAUUUUUACACUCCUGAUAAUUAUCCAAAUCUUAACACAGCUUUCACUACUAACGUAGGUAAUUCAUCACAUUUUGGACAAAAUAUUUCAAGGAAUAAUUUAGGUUAUUCGACACAUCCAAAUGAGGUGUCCGAUAAAUGUAUGGCUAAAAAUUCAGAAAUAAAGGUACCCGAUAAAUUUGUAGAUGUGGGUAAAUGGAAGUUAAGUUUUGACGCGACUUCUAGUGUAACAGACUUCCUUGAUCGUCUUGAGGAAAUGCGAAUUUCGAGGAAUAUUUCUGAAACUCAAAUGUUAAAUAGUGUGUCGGAAUUACUGAACGGCGACGUAAAUAUAUGGUAUCGUUUCGCCAGGAGCAAAAUUUCGAGCUAUAGAGAAUUUCAACAAGUUUUGAGGAACACCUUCUUGCCUAGUAAUUACGAGGAGAAAAUUUUAGAGAUUUUGAGACAUCGUACCCAGGCUACGGGAGAAAACGUAGUUAUCUAUGUUGCAUAUAUGGAAGGACUCUAUAACAAAUUGGCUACUAAACCAGACGAGAUUUCGAGGGUCAGACACAUUAAGAACCGUAUGUUGCCAUAUAUUCAAUUAGGUUUGGCUGGAAAACCGGUUAAUACCAUAGAUACCCUGAUUUAUGUCGGUAGAGAAAUUGAGGAGGCACAUGCAAAUGCGCAGGAAUAUCGUACUCCACCUGUUAAUCCUCGUAAUUCUGUCGAACCAGGAUUAGAGUAUAGGCGACCGAACUUAAGGGUCUCUGCCAUUAAUAAUUCAAGACGUUCCAACGGCGGAUAUUGCAAUACGAAUUCUCAAAGUGGUCCAGUAGGUCCUUCGUUUACGGGUACUACUUCAAAUUCUGGAGCAGAGGUAAAUGUCACAGCGUCAACUACCAAUACUAGUCCAUCUUCAUCUGUAGAUGUUAGUGCGGUUCCCACGACUUUAGUUACUAGGGGUAAAUGUUACAACUGUGGUAAGAUUGGUCAUUUCCGAAGACAGUGUGCCCAGCCAGCACGUCCUUUCUGUUAUCGAUGUAAAGAGCCGAAUGUGAAGAUUACGAACUGUCCUAAGUGCUCGGGAAACGAGUUGGCAGGUUAG